CAGGCAUAUUUCUGGCCAGCUGCUACUGAAAGGUCCUUCCGCUGGAGGUGACAUUCAGUGAAGCGCUUCGCUCCCGGGAACCGCGAAGAAGAAUCCCUGCAAGAUGGCACAAGCGGUGCAGAAACUGGUGGCAAAGGUACCUUCAUUGCUCGGCGCCGCUGUCACAUACUCCAAACCCCGGCUUGUAACCUUCUGGCACUAUGCUCGAGUCGAGCUCGUCCCACCUUCCCCUGCUGAAAUCCCCAAGGCCAUUGAAGGGGCUACUAACAUCGUCAAGGCCUUCCAGUCGGGACGUCUGGGGCAAACCACAGUGAGGGAUGCAUUAAGGAACGGGCUGGUGACUACUGAGGUGCUCAUGUGGUUCUACAUCGGAGAGUGCAUCGGCAAAGGAGGCAUUGUCGGCUACGAUGUUUGAGUUGUUGGACUGUUGGGACGGGUUGUUUUCCUUCCAGAGUAUUGUAAGCUCAUAUUCCUGUACCAUUUUUGGGAUCCAAUAAACAUAUGUCUAUUGUUCAAGA